CAACGCACCUCUUGCUUUUUCCUCCAAAGUAUGUUAUAUUAAGUUUCGUGAAGCAUCGAGUGUUGGUGUGGCCCAGCAUCUAACUAACACGGUUUUUAUUGACAGAGCUUUGAUAGUUGUGCCCUGUGCAGAAGGUAAAAUCCCAGAUGAAGCCAAAGCCCUCUCUCUCUUGGCGCCUGCUCCUACUAUGACAAGUCUGAUGCCUGGUGCAGGAUUGCUUCCUAUACCUACACCAACCCCCUUGACUACACUUGGUGUUUCACUUGGUACUUUGGGGGCUAUACCAGCAGCAGCGUUGGAUCCUAACAUUACGGCACUGGGAGAAAUACCACAACCACCAAUUAUGGGAAAUGUGGAUCCAUCCAAAAUUGAUGAAAUCAGGAGAACAGUCUAUGUGGGAAACUUGAAUUCCCAGACUACAACAGCGGAUCAGCUGCUUGAAUUCUUUAAGCAAGUUGGAGAAGUCAAAUUUGUGCGAAUGGCAGGUGAUGAGACACAACCAACAAGAUUUGCUUUUGUGGAAUUUGCAGACCAAAAUUCUGUACCUCGAGCCCUUGCCUUUAAUGGAGUUAUGUUUGGAGACCGGCCACUGAAGAUAAAUCACUCCAAUAAUGCAAUAGUGAAGCCUCCUGAAAUGACACCACAAGCUGCUGCUAAGGAGCUUGAAGAAGUGAUGAAGAGAGUAAGGGAAGCUCAGUCUUUUAUAUCUGCUGCUAUUGAGCCAGAGUCUGGAAAGAGCAGUGAAAGAAAAGGCGGUCGAUCUCGUUCCCAUUCUCGUUCAGAAUCCAGGUCUAGCUCAAAAUCCCGAUCUAGGAGGAAACGAUCACACUCAAAACACAGAAGCAGAUCUGGCAAUAGAUCUCUUUCAAGACACAAGGACAGACGCAGAUCCAGAAGUCCCCUGAAAAAACGAUCUAGAUCUACAGAAAGACGGAAAUCCAGAAGUCGCUCUCGUUCUCGGGACAAGAAAAGAGACAAAGAAAAGAUCAAGGAAAAAGAAAAGGCCAAAGAAAAAGACAGAGACCGAGACAAGGAGAAGGAUAGGGAUCGAGACAAAGACAGGGAAAGAGAGCGAGAUAAAGAAAGAAAUAGGGAGAAGGACAAGGAGAGAGAUAAAGAGCGAAGCAAAGAUAGAGAGAGAGCGCGAGACAAAGAUAGGGACAGGGACAAGGAUAAAGAUAGGGACAGGGAAAAGGAAAAAGAUAAAGAUAAGGAGAAAGACAAGGAAGAGAUAGAUCAGAGCAAAGAAAAAGAAGAUACUGAGAAAGAAGGAGAAAAGGACAGAGAGAAGAUUAAGGACAAGGAGGCAGAUAAGGACAAAGCGGGGGACAAAGAAAAGGACAGAGACAAAGAAAAGGAAAAAGAUGGGGAUAAGGAGAAGGAGCGAGAAAAAGAGAGAGAUGAUAAAAAGAAGAAAGAUAAGAGAUCCAGAACACCCCCAAGAAGCUAUAGCUCUUCAAGAAGAUCUCGUAGCUCCAGCAGGUUUGUUUAGAAUUUUUCAUGCUUGUUUUUUGUUUUUGUUUUUUUUUUUUUUUUUGACUUGUCAGAUCAGUGAG